GCAGGGCCAACCGGGAGAUCCAGACGCAGGCAGCGACCGAGCCGCUGCCGCUCUGCAUCCGGCCGCCCCGCAGCAUCCCCCGAUGGCCAGCCGCCUGACCUGCUGCCUCCUGCUCUGGGCUCUGGGCCAUGGGGGCUGCCGCUCUCCUGCGGGGGACGGCGCCGGCAGCCAGGCCACCUGUCCCGUCCAGCCCCGGGAUGCCCGGGACUCGUCCUUCCGCGACCGCGACCCCCGUGAGGGCUCUUCGCCUCCCCCUGCUCUGGGCAGCACCUCACAGGACAUGGUAGCUGUCCACAUGCUUAAGCUCUACGAGAAGUACAACAGGGAAGGGAGCCGGCCCGGCGACGGCAACACCAUCCGCAGCUUCAGAGCCAGGCCGGAAUUCUUGGCCCAGAAGCCCUUGUACUGCUUCAAUCUGACAUCCAUGCAGGAUUCAGAGGUGAUCCUUGCUGCUACUUUUCACUUCUAUGCUGACAGAGGCCCUCGGCACCGAGAAGUGUUUUGUAAGCGGUCCAAGAACUCCUCCUGCCAUCUCUUUCAUCUGCCUCAGGUCCUGCCACUCAAUAUCAUUUUUCAAAGCAUUCACCAGAAUUCUGCCUAUGGAGCAGUGAAAGGGAACAUCACCAUGUUUCUUCAAAGGAGAGGGACUUGGCAUGCAAAGGACAUUUCACACGUCAUAAAAGAAUCAAAACAGGCUGGAGAGCUCAUCCUCUGUGCUGAACUUCAUUCUGGGGAGAAACACCAGGCCUUCCCUGAACAGGUCAACAGUCAUUUACCUUAUAUACUAGUUUAUGCCAAUGAUCUUGCCAUCUCUGAACCUAACAGUGUGGCAGUCACCCUACAGCGUUACGAUCCAUUCCCUUCCAAUGAUGGGGACCACAAUGUAUCCCCUAAUGCUUCCACUGACACCCGAGUGAGGAGGGAUACAGACCUCUCUAGCUCUCUUCAGAACAAUGAGUUGCCAGAAGUAGAUCAUAACAACAAUAAAUACAACAAACAUGACAUAUGGGAUAAUGUCUACAAGUCCUUGAAACCAAAAGCCUCACGCUUAGACCGAAGGAGAAAAGGGCAAAAAAAUACAGAAACAUUUAAAAAGUCUCAGGUGCUAAAUUUUGACGAGAAAACAAUGAAGAAAGCAAGGCGGAAACAAUGGAAUGAGCCAAGGAUUUGUUCGAGAAGAUACAUGAAAGUUGACUUUGCUGAUAUUGGCUGGAAUGAAUGGAUCAUAUCUCCCAAAUCAUUUGAUGCCUACUACUGUGCAGGGGCAUGUGAAUUUCCUAUGCCCAAGAUUGUCUGGCCAUCAAAUCAUGCUACAAUCCAGAGCAUCGUAAAAGCAGUAGGAAUCAUUCCUGGCAUCCCAGAACCCUGCUGUGUUCCUGACAAAAUGACCUCACUCAGUGUCCUGUUCUUAGAUGAGAACAAAAAUGUUGUUUUAAAGGUAUAUCCCAAUAUGUCAGUUGAAACUUGUGCCUGCAGAUAA